AUGUGUGUAUCUUGUCCAAAAUGUUCUAUAUAUUAUCAUAUAAUAUGUUUAUCAAAAUAUUUUCUUAAAAAUUCUGAUCAACAUUAUAUUAUUCCAAUAGAUGGUUCAUGUCCAUCUUGUAAAAAAAGUUUAUUAUGGGGUGAAAUUAUACAACAUAAAUAUACGAAUCAAUUAUUAUCAUUAACAACAGCUACAUAUACUAAUGAAUUGCAUGAUGAAGAUAUUAUUCUCUAA